ACUCAAAAUAUGGUUAAGAAAAUAAUAUAUCUAGAGAGAGAGAGAGAGAGAUGGAGGAUAAAUUAUUGAGAAAAGGUAGUCAUAAAGGUGGACUCAAGGAGGAUCAAAGAGUUGAAUCUAUUAUUAAUGGAGAUGAAGAAGGCAGUAGUACUUGCAAACAAGAUUUUGUUCAUAAGAUUGGAAAUGGAAGAAAAGACCUAGAAGAUGAUUCUUUGAAGCCAUCUUCACCAGAACAUAACAAGGAUUUAAGCUGUGCCAAGCUGCAGGUAGCUGUCAUAAGUAAGAUGGAAAGAUCAUCCACAGGACCCAACUCAAAAGCAUCUUCAUCAACCCGAAUGGAUCAGGAUGAUCAGCUUGAAUCAGUGAAAGCCAAAAUGGGUGAGGCAAGAGAAGAAAACCAAAAACUAAGGAUGUAUUUAGAUAGAAUUAUGAAGGAUUAUGAGGCCCUUCAGAUGCAGUUCUAUGAGAUUGGUAAGAAAGAAGCAGAAAAGUCCACCAACACAAGUAAUACUGAUCACCAAAUAACCAAUGAGCCAGAGCUUGUUUCCUUGAGUCUUGGAAGAACUACUUCAAGUAAUCCAAAAAAGGAUGAAAAGAACAAAUUUCCUAGCAAAGGUAAAGAGGAAUAUGAUGAACAACAUAACAAAAGCUUGGAUAUCGGAUUGGACUACAAAUUUGAAGUGCCAAAAACAAGACCAACUGAACAUUCGCUUAAUACGAGCCCUGAGAAUAGCUUAGAAGUGAAAGAAGAAUUAGCUGCGGAUAGUUGGCCACGUAAAGUUCUGAAGACAAAGAGGAGUGGAGAUGAUGAAGUUUCACAACAAAACCCUGUGAAGAAAACUAGGGUGUCUGUUAGAGUGAGAUGCGACACCCCAACGAUGAACGAUGGGUGUCAAUGGAGAAAGUAUGGACAGAAGAUCGCAAAAGGAAACCCAUGCCCCCGUGCAUAUUAUCGUUGCAGUAUUGCACCCACAUGUCCAGUCAGAAAGAAGGUGCAAAGAUGUGUCGAGGACAUGUCAAUCUUGAUCAGCACCUAUGAAGGAUCACACAACCACCCACUUCCUAUUGCAGCCACCGCUAUGGCCUCCACCACAUCAGCAGCUGUUUCCAUGGUAAUGUCAGGCUCAUCCAGCUCUGGAUCACUUGCAGGCCUCCAUGGAUUGAACUUUUCUCUCACUCAUAAUUCAAGAUCAAACCAAUUUUACCUACCAAACUCUUCAAUCACACCUUCAACUUCACACCCAACAAUUACUCUUGAUCUCACUUCAACCUCAUCCACUUCCCUAUCCCAUUUCAAUAAAACCCCUUCCAGUUUCCCUCUAAGAUCAUAUGCUUCCACAAAUCUCAACUUCACUUCUUUGGAAUCCAACCCUUUACCGGUCUCUUGGAGCAACGCGGUCCUCAACCAUGGAAGUACUCAACCUUUCAAUAACUACAAGAACCAAUUCGGUUCCCUAAACUUUGGAAGUCAGGCUCAAGAAAACAUUUAUCAACCUCACAUGCAUGAGAGUAGUAGUAUUUCAACUCCUCCUCAACAUGGACAGUCCCUAGGACCGGAAACCGUGGCAGCUGCAACCAAGGCAAUCACAUCAGACCCUAGUUUUCAAUCUGCUUUAGUAGCUGCUCUAACAUCAAUCAUUGGUGGUGGUGGCGUUGGCGUUGGCGGCGGUGACUAUAAAUUUUGCCAGAAUUUUAAAGAGGGUGAGUCAUUUCCAGUUGUUAACUCUACCAAUUCAAGCUACUUGAGCAGAUCACCUUCAAUGGAGAAUUCUCAGUCACGAAGCUUGAUGUUUCAGCAACCUUCAUUACCAUCUUCUUCCUCUAAAAGCAAAUCUACCUCUCCUGCUGAUGAUAGAGACCAUAUGGAUCGUAUGGUUGAUUAAUUUUGCAUUCUUAUGUAUAAAAAGUUAUAUUAAUUUUUCUAAGGUGGUACGUAUGUCAUAUCGAUCAUAUGAUGAAGAAAUUUGAGCAUGGAUUUUCAACCUUUUUUUGGCUAUAUAUCACGUUUCAAUGGAGAAUUUUGUGCACGUAGAUGGUGAUUGGUGACUACAGCAAGUAGAGUUGAAUAACCACAUCUUUCUUUUCUUUUUCUUCUUGAAAGACAAGUUGUUGAUAGUUGACAUAUUCAGCAUAUGGAGGAGAUUAGACUGAAAAGAUUUUUAUUUUGUGUGUUUG